AUGAGGGGCUUGCGGACCACCACGAGAGGCACUUGCUCAUCAAACCAUUUUUACCAAUUUAGUCGCUCAAUCACCUUCCGCCAUCUUCAUCGCUCUCGGUUCCUCUCCUUGCUCUCGCCGUGCUUGCCUCAUCGCCCCCAUCCUCCCUGCCCAAUCACGUCUGCACUCUUGGCAUCAACACUGUGCACCAUUGCCCCAAUCCAUCAUCGUGGUAAUCGUUCCCCUAACUUAGGGACUGACACUUUUGUUGGUUUUAUCUAUGGUCUUGUAGCUCAAGUUCUUACAGAUCAACCCGUCAAUCAUGAUGACUUUAUCAAAACCAUUACGCAACUUUGGAAAGGUUAUGCUGAUGUCUCCAUUAAAGAAAUUGGUUUCAACAGCUUCCAACAAUUAAUUGGACAUUCUUCGUUGUUUGCGGGCACAAAUCAAACUCAUAACUCACUUUAG